AACUCAUGUUUGAUCCUGAAAUUCAAACAAUUGUACUUUCUGGUAAAUUGAUAAUCAAGCGAAUGAUUGAUCAGGAUGAACAGCAGAAAAAGACAUUGGAUGAAAAUCAUGAAUUAGAUGAAAAUGAGAUUAGUUAUGAGAAUACAGAUGAUUAA